ACUCAGAUUUUUCUGUCUGAAGACACAGAGCUGCAAACUUCCAUCAAUAAAGAAAGUUCAUACUCUACUUGGAACAACAUUCGAACCAAACUGUUGACAUGAAGUUUGGGUUGCUGGUGGUAUUGGCGGUGGCUGUUCUGGUGCCCAGCCUGUCCGAGGGCCGGAUCGUCUCUAGAUGCGAACUGAGAGAAAAGCUCGGGCAGGCGAUCACGCUGCCCCCACGUCUUCAAAAGUUCAAGCAACAAUACCUGGCAACAGUUAUCUGUGAGGUGAACAGCAGGUCCCGUCUGAACACCAACCUGGUCAAGGUGUUCGGCAAACGCACAACUACAACCACAGCCGCGGCAACAACUCCGGUCAUAACUCUUGCACCACAAGUAAAUGAAACGACCGCUGAACCAACAACUAUCCAACUGAAUACCACCGGAACAACGAUCACCGCACCAACUACCACCCAAACAACGAUCACCGCACCAACUACCACCCAAACGCCUACCACCCAAACGCCUAUCACCCCACCACCUCCAAACAGAAGAAAGCGCGGGGUGAGCAGCGAGGAGUCUGACUCUGCAGAGAUGCACUCUAGCCAGGGGGAACUGCUGAACGAGAGCGACGAGAUGACAACGCAGGGUGUCAACGGCACGGUCGAUGAGGAUGGAGACAAGGCUAAAGGCAGUGAUAAGAGGGAUGAAGACGAGGAUGAAGACAGCGAUGAGAGGGAUGAGGACGAAGCUGAGGAAGGUGGGAAACGUAAGAAGCGAUCCAGCGAGAAGCGAUCCAGCGAGGACCGAUCUAGCGAGGACCGAUCCAGCGAGGACCGAUCCAGUGAGGAGACCAAGCUUUCUUCUCUCGGCCUUUACGGGAUCUUCCAGCUGUCUGACAAGACCUUCUGUAAUUCUGGCUAUCGCUCCUCCAAAAACAAGUGCAACACAACCUGUGAUGCCUUCACUGAUGACGACAUUUCGGACGACAUCGCUUGCUUUGUGAAGACUGAUCAGUGGGGGUUGUUUUUGAAGUCCGCCUCUCGUCUGUGCCAAACUGGCACCAAGAACUACUUUGACGAGUGUAAAUGAGCAGCUGACACGUUUUCCACCUGCUGCUGAAGCUCACACCAGCAAUCAUUUCUUCUUCCUUCAAUGCAGAGCGUGAACUACGGGGGAGCUAGGGGGUGCUCGGCUCCCCUGAAUAUGAAAUUUUGGGGGGGGUGUCUCUUUUGUGUAAUGUGAUCAUUGUGGAUUAUUAUGUGUAAAAUUGCAAAAAUAUCACUCAUUCAUGCAUGACGGCGAUUUAAACCUAAUUCACUUCAAUAAAGAUAACGAUACGUGCUAUUCGUGUCAUAAGCAUCAAGGCGUGGCAGCGCUGCGGUACAAAUUCAACUCAUGUUUAGUACAUGUUGACUCAAAGAGUCGUAGGAAAAAUAUGAGCCAUUAAUCGGCGCGCAAAGUCUUUGAAAUCCAUUCUGCAGUAAGCAUAUAGCCAUGGCAAAAAGAAAACAAGGCAGUUUAAUUCAUUUAGAUUUUUACUAAGCAAUUGUAUAGCGAUGAUGUUAAUAGCACGACCAAUUCACCUGUUGCAAGCCCUGUUGGCACACCUCCCGUCGGGGAGACAACGCAAGAAGAAGCUGAAGAAAUAAUGUCCUCUCUGGCUGAAGAUGGAGGUGGUAACAGCUCGUCAGAAGCUGGUCACCAUCCUAACCCCUCUUGCUCCUCUCUCCCCCGUUAAAUUGGAACAGCCAGCAGUGGAGAGACUGGAAGAGCCCAUAUAGGCCUACAUGGCUGUUUGUUAAGGAUCGAAGCUUGGGGUGCGUCGCUUAGGCCUAAUUGAAUGGAGGAGUUAUGGUAUUCUUCGGUAGCCUGAGUAACUUUAACCGUUGUUCAUGUGAAAUCUCAGAGACAGCCUGAUGCUUUUUUUAUUGACUAUUUGUGGCUGGAUGUUUGCUGUUUGACCUAUCAAUUCCUGUCGAUAAAGUAGAAUAGGGUAAAUCCUGUAUAGUGCAUACACUUGUAAGUCAUUGUAAGUCGUAAGAGCAUUAUGACUUACAAUGACUUACCCCCAUUAUUUCAAAUGUGAAAACUGAGAAAAUGAUUUUUGUCUCUUCUGCUAUCUGUAACUUUCCAAUAAACAUAUUUAGCAAUUUA